UGGCUCUCGUGGGAUAUAAAAACGCCUUCUGUCGUGUGCAGAUCACCUUGCUGAGCUCACCUGAAACCUGAUAGCAGGCUAAACAUCGCUCCAUCAUGGACGUCCUCACUGUGCUGCCGUCCAACUUCGGAUAUGUCAUUUUUAUUUACCUGUACAGCUGGAUAAUGCUGAUGUAUUUGGGAAUUAAUGUGGGUUCUGCCAGGAAGAAGUACGGAGUGAAGUAUCCCACCAUGUACAGCGACAAGGAGAAUAUGUUCAACUGCAUCCAGAGAGCCCACCAGAACACCCUGGAGGUGUACCCUCAGUGGCUAGUCUUCCAGACCAUUGCAGCUCUGGUCUAUCCGCUGUCAGCAUCUGUACUGGGGGCUAUCUGGGUGACCAGCAGGUUGUCCUACGCCUGGGGCUACUACACAGGAGAUCCAGCCAAGAGGAUGAAUGGUGCCUAUGGCUACAUUGGAUAUUUUGGAGUCAUCAUUCUUUCCAUAUGUACAGCCUUGCAGCUGCUUGGCUGCUAUUAAGAUGAUUGUCAUUUUGGGUUUGCCCAUGUGACUCAUUUACACUGGCUAGCAUGGCAUUUUCAGAUUUAUCAACAGUAAAGUCUCUGCACAGUUCUUCAAAUGCUUAUCUGAAAUUGUGAUACUAAUCUUUUUUAUGAACCACUGAUGUGACAUUCCAAUAAUUUUUGCAAAUGCUUACUCCAUGUACUGAACAAUAUGCAAUAAUCAACAAUAAAGUAGAUGCUGACUGAAGCUACAGCUUCAAA